UUACCAUAUCAAAAGCGUAGAAAAGUGGAUCCUGAAAUUAUUGAUACUAAAAUUGAAUCUCCUGAUGAAAGGUUGCAAUGGCAAGCAGGUCAGUUAAAAGAUAACAUUUAUUACAUAAUGAAAACACUUGACACAAGAGAAAGCCUUCCCUUACCAAACUGGACUGGGUUUAAUACUGAACUUCAAAACUUCAUACCCCAAGUUAGUAAGAUAACAUACCUUCCAUUAAUAGAUGGCAAUGCAACAGAUAUGGCCACAAUAAAUACUAUUCUUCAUAGAAGCUUGGAAUUGGCAAAUGAACUUGAAAUCCCACAAGUUGUUAUUGUUGCGGAUCAGGCAAUCUAUGCUAAGGUGCAGCAAAUACUGUGGGCUGAUGUAGAAUUUCAAGAGAGAAUAGUGGUUCGUCUAGGAGAGUUCCACACUGUUAUGGCUUUUCUGUCUACAUUAGGUAUGCAAAACCUUAUAUGUAUACUGUUUUAGUUUAUGUGGAUAUGGGAUCUAUUAUAUAAUAUGGGAUAAUAUUAAUGUAGCUACUUUAAUCAGUUUCAUGUAAACUUUACAGCCCAUGCUUAUCCUCUAUUCUACACACAUAACUUAAGUAUAUUCACUCAUUCAUUAACAUUGACACACUAUUGGUACCGAUAUUUACAUUGGAAUUAAAUUUCUUCAGGUAAGCGGUUUGCACAGUCCGGUUUGGAGGAUAUCUUGGUGGAAUCUGGGGCAGUGGCUGGGGGUUCAUUGAGUGGCGUCAUGAAUGGCCAUCAAUACAACCGUGCUGUCAGGGCCCAUAAGAUUCUCGCUGAAGCUCUCGAGCGACUACGUUGGGAAGCAUUUCUAGAAGAACUACCUCCAGAAGAACAAGAUGAAAUCAGGAAAGUGGGAGAGGAUUGGAUUAACAGAUGGCCAGAGGCACUUGACGAGGCAAUGCAGGGCUAUGCCCUGAAGAAGAUCCUCUCAAAAUACAACCAUUUUAACCUGAAACUCAAUGAACUGUACCCAACAUGCAACUUUUGGUCAUCUUAUCUUGAAAUGGUGCAAGUUAUGUUGAACUUCAUACGGGCAACCAGAGAGGGAAACUGGACACUGCACAUCGCAUCUGUUCGGGAGAUGAUUCCAUGGUUUUUUGCAUUUGACCGGUUAAAUUAUGCCAGAUACUUAACUGUGUACCAUCAAGAGAUGCUUAACCUCCCUACAACGCAUCCAUAUUCUAAUGAUCACCUACAGUCUGGAGAGUUCAGUGUUCAGCGGCAAUCCUCAUAUGGCUUUUCCAAAGUGGCAUGUGAUCAGGCCAUAGAACAAACUAUAAACAAAGAUUCUAAGUCAAAAUCUGGAUGGACUGGCUUUUCCCUGAAGAGAAAUGCAGUGAAGAGGUGGAUAAUGGGAAGCCAUGCCCGAGGUGCUCUCACUCGUCACUGUGAAACCAUGGCAGGCCAUUCUAUGCAUGAAGAAAAUGUAAGGAGAGAACUGGAACCAGGUACAACUAUUAAGAAUGAGGAAAUUGUGCAAAACAUGAAGGAGUAUAUAUCAGAUCAUAUAAAUCCAUUCAGGGAAAGAGUACAACAUUUAGUGAAUGUGUCUUCAGGGUUCCAUGCCUCAGAAGAAAUGAAAAACGAUCAGAUGAGAGCCCUACAGAUUGGAAAAGAAAGAUGUCUGCAGUUUGUUGAGGAAAGACUGGAAGAAAAGAAGAAAUCUGUUUUUGAACCAAUCACGCAAGCAAAGUUGAAAACCUUUAGCACUUGUAUAGGGAAGAUGAAUGAUUCCAGCAAUGAUAAGAAGGUAACUGUGGAAAAUGAAAAUAUGGUAUUAAGGAGACUCUUGCUAAUAUCUCAGGUAAAAACACUGAAUCUGGAAAGUGUAAUGAAACACACACUCACAAAUAUACCUGAAGCUCUCGGAAAACCAGAUGGCCAGUUGGUAAAAACCUGCAAAUCUGAUCUAGUACAUCUCAUUGCCAAGGAUAUACCUGAUAUCAUGACUAGCGAUAUACCCACUUCUUGUACUUUCGUAGUGGAUGGAAUGGUGGUGUUAAGGCAGCUAAAACCACAGAAUAUCCCGCAAACCUUUGGAGAGUUGGCCACAUAUGUCCUUAAAGUCAUUAUAAAUAAAGCUAAGCAUGUAAAUGCCAACAGAGUAGAUGUUGUUUGGGAUUCAUAUCCAGAGAUCUCAAUAAAAAGUCUUGAACAGGUCCGCCGUAUGAAGAGUGUUGGAGUGCAGACAUUCCAUCUUAGAAGCGCCAAGCAGAAAGUCCCCAAGAACUGGAAUCAGUAUCUAGCCUCAGGAAAGAACAAAGAGGCAUUCAUUAAAUAUCUGCUUCAGCAGUGGCAAGACAUGGAAUUUCAGUUAGGAAAUUUAACACUUAUUUUUGCACAUGGUACUGAUUGUCAUAUAAUCAAGGAAGACAGUGGAAAACUUAGUACACAUCCACUAACAGAUCUUCAGUGUGACCACCAGGAGGCAGAUACCAGACUGCUGCUACAUGCAAAACAUGCCACUGAGUCCUGUCAUAACACACCAGUAGUUAUCCUUAGCCCAGAUACAGAUGUUUU